UAAGCAUUAUUUUGCUUAUUCGAUUACUCAAGUGGAUUUAAAGACUAAAUGAAAUUUUGCUCACGAUUAAAAAAAUUCAUGAAUUCUAAUUGUGAGAACGUUGAUAUAAAAGCCAAAACUGCUUGUUUCAAGUAAUUAGUAUUAAAUUAUAGAGCUCUAGUGUUGCGCGUUUUGACAUUAAGAAUCUUGCAAAUAUGAAAUUUCUUAUUUUAAUAUCGAUAAUAUACAUAACGGCAGCAGCACAAACGGCAGAAUACUGCUCUCGCACAUUGUGCCCGUCCGGUAAAAAGCAUAUAGCAUGCGGGAAUAAAAAACUUUUUUCUAAUAUCUGCCCAGCUGAUGCACACCUUAUAGAUAUAACUCCACAUACGAGAACGAUUUUAAAAAUGCACAAUGAGCAGCGGAAUAUGGUUGCGAGUGGAAAAUUGAAAGGAUUUAUGCCGGCAGUGCAAAUGGCUACUACACAAUGGGGUCAGGAAUUGACAGAACUGGCACAGCUUAAUGUAAAACAGUGUAGAAUGAAGCACGACGAAUGCAGGAAUACAGUGAAUUUUAAUUUUUCUGGACAAAACUUGGCUUAUUUUCAAUACACUGGCCCACAAACUUUUAAAUCUGAUGAAGAUUUAAUUAAGGAGAGCAUAACCGCUUGGUGGAACGAGUAUAUAUAUUGCAAUAUGAAUAUUAUAAACAAAUUUCCAAAUAAUUAUAAUGGACCCGCCAUGGGACAUUUUGCUCAAAUAAUUGUUGAGAGAAAUACCAGAAUUGGUUGCGCAGCAUCACGGUUUACAAGGAAUGGCAUAAAUAAUUUUAUAUUUGCCUGCAAUUACUCUUACAAUAAAAUUAUUGAUCAUCCAGUUUAUAUAAAAGGAAAAAGUGCGUCCGGAUGCAAAACUGGUCCAAAUCCUGUAUUUAAAAGUUUAUGCUCAAUUAAGGAAAAAUAUGACUUGUUAUAAUUCAAGUUUUUUUUAAAUAGUUUGUAGCAGUUUUUAUAACUAGUUUUUAUACCUUUUAGAAUACUAA